CUUUCUCCGACUUUCUAGGACGUGUUUUAUGCCACUUCUUCUUCUGUCUCAUUUUGUCCACCAAACUUGUAACGUUGUGCGUGAAUGCACAAAGAUGGGGAGACGACGGUUCUCGGUUUUGGAGGUGACUUUAAUGGUCAUGUUUGCAUUGAUGUUGGCGGUAUCCAUCGCUUUCAUAGUUCUGUUUGCUACCGGCGAACCUGGCACCAUUAAGGAUGAGACAACAGAUGAAUUUGUUCCGCAGUGUCCGAGCAUUCCUCUCGCAGAAAGGGUGGACUGCUUCCCUGAUUCCGGAGCCUCCGUGAAAGGAUGCCAGCAGCGUGGAUGUUGCUGGAGUCCAGUCGACGAACGAAAUGUGCCCUGGUGCUUCUUUUCCGCCAACCAUGGAUACACUGUUGAAUCAGUGGAGCAACCCAACCCUUAUGUAAUGAAGGCCAAUUUGAAAAGGAUGGCCUCCCCAUCCUUGUUCGGAGAAGAUAUACAAGAACUGUCAUUUCAUGCUGAAAUGCAAACAAGCAAUCGUCUUCGUUUUAAGAUAUCGGACGCCCACAAGCAGAGGUUUGAGGUGCCCCAUGAACACGUCAACAGCCUCAGCAACAACCCGACCAGCCCCAUUGACAACACACUGGUGAUCAGAAAAAACCCUUUCGGCCUGGCUGUUCGCAGGAAGGAGAGCAACAAAGUCCUGUUUGACACGAUGGGUCCGUUAGUGUUCGCAGACCAGUUCCUGCAGCUGUCUGCCAAACUUCCAUCCCAUAAUAUUUACGGCCUGGGAGAACAUGUGCACAGGCAGUUUCGCCACGACACGUACUGGAGGACCUGGCCCAUCUUCACCAGAGACGCUUUCCCCAACGGGGGAACACACAACCUGUAUGGACACUAUCCCUUCUUCCUUUGUUUGGAAGAUGACAGUGGGAAGUCGUUUGGCGUCUUCCUCAUGAACAGCAAUGCGAUGGAGGUGACUCUGCAGCCUGCUCCGGCUGUGACGUACAGAACAAUUGGAGGAAUCUUGGACUUUUAUAUCGUUUUCGGAGAUUCACCGGAACAUGUGGUGCAGGAGUUCCUUGAGCUUAUUGGCAGGCCUGUCAUUCCGCCCUACUGGUCACUGGGAUUCCAGCUUUCCAGGUGGAACUACGGCAACUUGAGUGAAGUCAAGGCAACCGUGGAAAGGAACCGUGCAGUGGGCCUUCCAUAUGAAAUCCAGUAUACUGACAUUGACUACAUGGAGGACAAGAAAAUCUUCACGUAUGACAAAGUCAAGUUCCGUGACCUGCCGCAGUUUGCCGACUACCUUCAUGAGAAGGGACAGAAAUACAUCCCCAUCCUGGAUCCUGCUGUUGGCACCAGUAAGAGGGUCGGAGGUGCUCCGUACGAGUCCUUCGAUCGAGGAACCAAGACGAAUGCAUGGGUCACUGAACCAGAUGGGAAAACUCCUUUACUGGGAGAGGUCUGGCCAGGAGAGACAGUUUUUCCAGACUACACCAGGCAAAGUUGCAUCGACUGGUGGGUUGAUGAGUACGAGCGAUUCUCUCAGGAGAUCAAACAUGAUGCCAUCUGGAUAGACAUGAAUGAGGUGGCUAAUUUCAAGAAAGGAUCAAUUAAAGGAUGCGCCGACAACAAACUCAACUAUCCUCCCUUUACUCCAAAGAUCCUGGAUGAGGUGAUGUACAGUAAGACUCUGUGCAUGGAUGCCAAGCAGGCCUGGGGGGACCACUAUGACGUCCACAGUCUCUACGGCUACUCAAUGGUGCUGGCCACGGAAAAAGCUCUGCAGCGUGCAUUUGGAGGAAACCGGACGCUGAUCCUGACCCGCUCCUCCUUUCCAGGUGUAGGCAAAUAUUCGGGUCACUGGCUGGGGGACAACGCUGCCAAUUGGAACGACAUCAAAUGGGCCAUCCCCGGCAUGCUCGAGUUUGGUCUGUUCGGGGUCCCUUACUCAGGGAGGUCACCGCCCCUGUCCAAGGUGCUGAGGACAGUGCACCGACAGACAGGGGCGUGGCAGUGCUGGCUUCGAAACACCGCUGAACAGGAAGAGGAAGGACUGAGUGGACUUGGAGAGACUGAAAAGUCCUGUAUAUCUGAAAAGGUUAUCGAUGAGCUUAGUGAGGAACAUAACAACUUUGUUCAAAUCUACACGCCUGACUCCUGUGAGGUGUGUGGCAGGGGAACCGCUAGGAAGCGACUCCUACAAUCGUAUUCCGAGGACAGUGGAGCAGAGCAAGUAGGUGCAGAUGGAACCCCCUUGAUGGGUCACGCGGAAACAACCAGGCUAACAGAUGGCCGUGAAGAGGAGGUGGCUCGCAUGGAGCAGAUCUCUGAGGAUAUCGAGAACUAA